CAGUUCUUUUUAGCUUCCCAGUAGUUCAUUUGUUAAAAGUCUUCUCAAGAAAGAACACACGUUCAAAAACAUUGAACCAUGAACACCAAAGAGUUUCUUCUCACCCUGACUUGUCUGGUUUGUGGGGUAAUCAGCGUUGCCAUAGAUGUCAAUAAGAUCUCCAAAUUCGAAGAUGUGGUCUCUUAUUCAGAAUUGGAAAAUAUGUGGAAUGGCAUUCGUUUUCCGAGUGCUCGAGAAUUUAGGAGGCGGCGUAAACCUUUUACAAUCAAUGUAGAGGGAAUCGUUGGAACUGGUAAAAGCACCUUCUUGAAGUCAUUUGAGGUGUAUCCAUUGAUGGAUGUACUCACUGAGCCCGUUGAUCGAUGGACCAAUUUGAAUGGAACUGACCUUUUGCAACUUAUUUAUAACGAUCCAAAAAGAUGGGGAAUGGCUCAGGAAUCCUAUGUGCAACUAACUAUGCUCCAAGAGCAUUUGCGAAACUUUGGUGUAAUUAAAGUGAUGGAAAGGUCCUUGCAAAGCGCCCGAUUUGUAUUUAUUGAAAACCUCUAUCGUUCUGGCAACCUGCAGCCUGUGGAGUACAAUAUUUUAAGUCAGUGGUAUAGCAUGUUCCAUGAAAUGGAAGCUAUUGACGUUUCAACUGACCUGACGGUGUAUUUGCAAUCUAACCCAGAUGUGGUUUUGGAACGAAUUAAACGACGAGGUCGUAAAGAAGAGUCCCAAAUUACUCGCGAAUUCUUGUGGAACAUUCAUCGACUUCAUGAGGAUUGGUUGGUUCAUAAGAAUACCACCUUUCCUUUGCCUAGUGAACAAAUCAUUGUCGUGAAUACCUCAAAACCAUUCGCUUCCAUGAAGAGGCUUUACAAGACAUUGGUUAAGAAAAUAUGGGAUCUGGUCCCGAAUGAGCUAAAGGCUGACCCUAAGUAUCGUUGCUCUCACAACUUUCAAUAAAACCUUUAGUUUGACAUGGA